UCCAGAAACAGACACCGCUUCGUGUUCUUCAUAAAUUAGCACCCUCAUAAGGUAAAGCAAGAAGGUUAUCCUCACUCAGCUUGCAUCGAUAUUUAAUUAUUUUCCAUAUUUCUGUCAUUUCUUUUUAAAUGAGAUUUGGGGCUGUUCCGUGAUUGUGAUAGAUUUACUGAUGCACAAAAGUCAGGAUGUAUUUGGAAACCAGAAGGGCUAUUUUUGUUUUUUGGAUUUUUCUCCAAGUUCAAGGAACCAAAGACCUCUCCAGGAAAAUGUGCCAUUCUGAAACUAAAGACAUAGACAAAGCCCCAAGAAUCGAAACAGCUGAAACUACAGCAAAAACGUACAAGGUGUCAACCCUGAGACAGAUAUUCGAUUUGGCAAAGCAUCGGACAAAAAGAUCAGCUUUUUUCCCAACUGGGGUUAAAGUCUGUCCACAGGAAUCCAUGAAACAGAUCUUAGCCAGUCUUCAAGCUUAUUAUAAGCUGAGAGUGUGUCAGGAAGCAGUGUGGGAAGCAUAUCGAAUCUUUCUGGAUCGCAUCCCUGACACCAGGGAAUACCAGGACUGGGUCAGCAGCUGCCAGCAGGAGACUUUCUGCCUCUUUGACAUUGGGAAAAAUUUCAGCAACUCCCAGGAGCACCUGGAACUUCUUCAGCAGAGAAUAAAACAGAGUAACUUCCCUGAGAGAAAAGAUGAAAUAUCCACAGAGGAGAUAUUAGGAGAGCGUGGUGAAACCCCUGUGUUUUCACCAGAUGGUGCCGAAGCCUCGCUCGGGACCCUCCCUCUCACUCCUAAGGACACACUCCUCAGUGACACCACGACGCCUACAAUAGAAAGAGACAUAGAAAUCGCUGAGGUGGCCGAGGGCCCAGCGGAGCGGAGGGUGGAGCUGAGCCUCUCUCUGGCAAGCCCGAAGCUCAGGGCGGAGCUGGCCCACGCGCAGCCCGCGGAUGCUCAGGAGCUCGCUGCGAAGUCGCAACUUCAGUUGCAAAAGGUAUUUAAAAAACUUCCAGGAUUCAAAGAAAUUCAUGUGUUAGGCUUUAGACCAAAGAAAGAAGGAGAUGGCUCAAGCUCCAUAGAGGUGCGACUUGCGGCCAUCUUUAAGAGAGACAGUGCAGAAGCAAAGAGUCCCACAAAUGAGCUGCUAUCUUUGGAUUCCAACAAAAUUGAAAGUGAAGGAGUCCUUCAUGGAAAGAUGGCGGAGGACAAGCAACCAGAAACCUUGCUCACAGCAUUAGACCUCAAAAGGCUGAUCAGCAGAGCACUGCAGGAAGACAAAUCCUUGCACGUGGGGACGAUUCAGUUCACUGAUGAAAUUACUGGAUCAUUACCUGGCUCUGAUCCCAAGACCCAGUCAGUGCUGCCUACACGCCUUGCUGAUACCACAAAGGAUGCUACUUUGAGUCCAGAACUUCCUCUUGGUCAACCCAGGCUCGAGACAGUGAAAAGAGAAGGACACAGUCUUCCUGCUUUCUCCACGGACAGUUCCUUGUCUCCACUUGCUGUGGGCUCUACCUCCCUGUCAGAAACUCGACCUUUCUUUACGGCACCGAGCAUCUUCUCUCUGCCUGCUCCAAGUGCCACCGACAGAAUGUCCAUUGACCAGACAGUGCUAGUCCCAGGGCUCACCAUCCUCACUGAUGAUUAUCCUGCCAUCAGCCAAGCAGCUCUGGAAAUUUCACAUCUGCCUGCAUCUUCAGAGGACAGCCGGUUGAGUACAGGCAGCCAAGAUAGAGUCCAAGACUUCGAUGAAAUGGGUCAAUCUAACACUCCUGCCUCCUCUGAGAUACCACGAUUCAGCGGGUAUGUGUCCACCGCAGACCGUUUCUCAGCAACUACCACUCCUGUUCCAGCUUUCCGGUAUAUCACCACCAGCUCGAUGACCACCGGCGCCAAGGGCCGAGAGCUGGUGGUGUUCUUCAGUCUGCGGGUCGCCAACGUGCCCUUCUCCGACGACCUGUUCGACAAGAGCUCCCUGGAGUACCAAGCUCUGGAGCAGCGAUUCACACAGCUGCUGGUUCCGUAUCUACGCUCCAAUCUCACAGGAUUUAAGCAACUUGAAAUACUUAACUUCAAAAACGGAAGUGUGAUUGUGAACAGCAAGCUGCGGUUCGCCACGUCGGUGCCGUACAACCUCACCAAGGCCGUGCACGGGGUCCUGGAGGACUUCUGUUCUGCGGCAGCCCAACAACUGGAUCUGGAAAUAGACAGCUACUCUCUCAGCGUUGAGCCAGCCGACCAAGCAGAUCCCUGCAAAUUCCUGGCCUGUGGCAAAUUUGCCCAGUGUGUAAGGGACGAGUGGACCGAGGAAGCAGAAUGUCGCUGCAGACCGGGGUACGAGAGCCAGGGGCCCCUAGACCACCAGGGGACCUGGGCCUCUGCGACCCUGGAAAGGAAUGUGAGGUCAUCCAGGGAAACAGAGCUCUGUGCAGGUAACCAGGAAAAGAAGUUCUGAAUUACUGACUGUAGGAUAUGAAGAAUUCAGCCAUCAAGAUUGGGAAGGAAACUAAAAACUGAAAAUGUCCAUGUUAUCAUCUAAUCUGUCUCAGGAGAGAUGGUUUGCUUUCUCAAGGAAAAUU